UAAGAGUUUUUAAAUACUCACGUAAAGGUCUUUAAAUACCCACUCUUGAAGUGGAUGGUGAGCAGACACGACAAUAUGGGGCAUUCUUUUCGCCAGUUCAAGGCACUGUUCUGGAAGAAUUGGCUCUGUCGGCUGAGACAACCGGUCUUAUCCCUCUCUGAAGUACUCUGGCCAUGCAUACUGUUCCUAAUUCUCGCUGCAGUUCGCAUCCAGCAACCUCCAGAACACAAGGAAAACUGUUAUUUGGAAGCCCGGGAUUUGCCAAGUCGGGGCCUUUAUCCCUUUGUUCAGAGUCUCUUCUGCAAUGUUGGCUCAAGGUGCAAGAACAGCAGUUACACAUCUCAGAAACAACAAGGUUUCCGUGCUUCCAGUUUCCAAGGUGGUCAGGACAACUUUAUGGAAAUGGACCUGGCAUUCUUGACAGAGAUACAAGCCCUUUCAGCAGGGAUUUCAGAGACCUCAGAGAAAGCUGCUGCUUUACAGAAGCUGUGGGAAGAAGAAUCAAAGGUCUCAGGGUUCACCGACAGUUCCAUUUUCUCAACCAUGAAUUUGAAUGAAACUGAGGAGAUGAUUUCUGCAUCUGAAAGCCUCCACGACCAACCUGAUUUCUGGAACUUUCUGCAUGUCCUACCACGGUUGCAGGCAAGCAACCUUUACAAAGAAGAUGGAAUACAUGCUACAGCUCAGUUUCUGCAGACUAUUAAAAAUUCCUUCGCAUCCCUGGAAGAUUUAGAUUUGGUUCCAUCCACCCACAUUUUCUACAAAGCAAUGAAUAUGGGACUGAAUAUAACCAUUACAGCACUGCGCUUGUUAGAAGACUGGAGCCUUGAAGGUCUUCAUUACAACUUGACUCUUUGGGAUCUGGUGUGGGAUCCGCAUGCAGUCAAAAUGGAGCUUGAAUCCAGAUUUGGUUUAGAUGAUCUUCAUAUUGGAAAAAUCUUGAACUAUACCGCAGAAUUAAAUAAGAUUCCCACGGAAGGCACACUGGAGCAGUUUGUGUGCUCAGUCCUGUCCAAUGUGUCAGAAGUUGAAGCUCACAAAGUGGAUAAUGAGGGAGGCUGUAUCCCCGCGUGGCUUGAGACCAAAGUCUAUCUUGUUCGUUCUGUCAACAAGAUCAAACUCUACAUGCAGCUAUUUAAGCAGUGGUUAAGCAGCAGCGAGCUCCAAAAAUUCUUUUUUGAACUUGGAAGAAGCAUGGCUGAUCUUGUGUCUCAAUAUCCAGAUGACCAUGAAGCCCGGAAAAUUAUUUCAGCAAUAAAUAUACUUCUGCAACAUGUGCAUGAGGAAUUGGAACCAAAAUAUUCAGAAGGAAAAUCCCAGCACAUAGUCCUGUGUCUGGAGAAACUGCGGACUGUAAUUCAGAAGUUGCCUCAGUGUCCCCUUGUGAAGAGAUUGCUUCUGGUAGAUGGAGCCAUAAGGAAUGUAAUAAUGCAAAAAUUAUAUUUCACUAAAGAAAUUUUACAUAACUUGGAAAAACUGGCCCCCUUUAUUAAAGGAGAUGAAUUCAUGCAUCUAGACCUUGAAACACUCUUUUCGGAGUUAAAACAGAUCUUGAUCAGUAAUACAUCCCGUGAAUGCAAGGACCUGCUUACAAUGUUUGAGAAGGCUGCUCAGCUUCAACAGGAUUUAAAAGUCAGAGACAUUUUGGCAAGAUUUAUGUGCCAUUACAACUACCCAAAUGAGUCUUUGACAUUGAGCAACCAUAUCCAGUCAAUAAAAGAGUCUGUCCUACGUUUGCAGAAAGUAUUUCGUGGAGAACUGAGUCUGCCAGAUUCAAUCAUGGAAAAAUAUUUGGGAUGGCAAGAAAUAGAACAGCAGCUUGCUGAAAAUAGUGCUGCUUACUGUAUAAUUAAUCAGUUGAGGAGCACAAAGACACCAUCUCAAGAGGAUGUCUAUUUCCAUUCUUGUCAAGAGCAGCUACUUCUCACAUUGGUUAUUCAUACACUUGAAGAAGUGUGGUUUGCUUUUGAGGAAGACCCAUACUGGAAGGGCUUAACAACAUUUGUUAGAAGAACGUGUGAAAUAGCUCAAUAUGUGAACAAGAAAGAUCUCUCAAAUGAUACUGCAACAUCUCUUUGUUCUGGACCAAAGCUCAAUCUGAAGACCGUCGUUGAUAGUUACAUAGCAUUUCUGCAAAAUGUAUACAAUUCCCCAUUCGUUUCAUGGCCCAGGAUCGUGACAUCUGUCAAAGAGCUGUUGAAGAAGGAAAAGAAUGUAGAGGUUCUUGAGGAGCAGCAUUUGGACUUCAUUUUACACAUUGCAGAAUUACUACAAGAAAUGUUGAUGCCUGAUUCUUUAGCCUCUUCAAACCUCCAUGACUUUCAGUCUCUAACAGAAAUAAUCCUCAGUAAUACUAUAAUGUGGCUUAACACUUCUGCAAAUAUGGAAGCAAAGAAAUCUGCUACAGUUGUUCAUAUGUUUUCUGAACUCAGUAAUGAGCUGCUAGCGAAUGAUCAACUUGCAAAGCUCUGGCAGAAUGAAAAGCUGGAGGUAUUUUGGCAAGUAGUAAAAAAGGUCUUGAACCAACUCAAACAUAGAAUGUUUGGAAGCCCAGUGGAAGCAGUAGAGAUGCUGGAGAUGUUCUUAUCUAAAACUAUGAGUUCCUUUCAGGAAAAUAAAAAAAUCCUUAGUAAAAGUUCACAGUUCUUCCAGAAAACACUUACAGAUUGGCCUAAACUGUCUUUUCUUGCUCUAGAUUAUGUAAACAGCUUUAGUGAAAAAUUCAUAAGGAAUCUUUAUGAGGUUGGAGUGUUGACUCAAGAACACUUCAUUGCCACUCUCAGCACUAUUCACGCUAUGAGAAAUGUCUCUUCUGUUCUAGUUUCAAAUACAACUUCCGUAUCCCAGGUACAAGACAUAGGAAAAAUUAUGUUUGAUUUCUACGAAAGCAUUCCCAGGAUAGGGGAUAGUAACGUAGUCUCACUUGUUCAAAUGAUUUUUUCUGUCCACCAAAACAUUGAUCUGUUAAGUACUCGGAGAAAUAGUUCUCUGCUAACACUCUUCCAGAACAUCACACAAGACAUUUCACCAAUGCCUGUGCAACUUGAUUUCCAAGGGAUUUUUGACUUUCUGUCUGAGGCUAUUAAUCUUCUCCAGGGUCUCCCCCAGAAACCUCUCUGUAAAAAGUUAGCAGCAGUUUACAAGUACUUAGAGCUCCAGGCUCAGUCCUUGGCACAGAAAGGGAAACAAGAGAUAAAAGUGGUAUAUAGUACUCUGGGCAGACUUAAAACUGUAUUAACAGACACAGAGCUUCAUGGAGCUGCCUUUCAAUAUUUGAAACAACUUUUUGACAUCUCAUCAGAAAGCAUGUUAAAUAGUGAAUGUCCUGAUUACUACAUGCCUAGCAUUCCUUCUGUGAGGCAAACAGGAGAUCUUCACAACUCAUUGAUACUGCCAUUGCUCAGAGUUCUGUCAAAUACAUCAGACUUCAAGAGUGAGGUAAAUGUGCCUUUUGCCAUGCAUUGCACAGUUACCUGGCUUCAGAUGUGGAUAGAAAUUCUGGAAAAAAUAUCUGAAAUGUUAAGGCUGGAUUUAAAUUUUUUCAGUUAUCUCCGGAAUGGACUGACACAGCUUUCAGAAGAUCUUGAAAAUGUAACCCAUGCUGAAUUGUGCAAUGCAACAUUUACAGUCAGUGCUAAAACUACAUCGGCAAUACAUCUACUGAAAAUAAUAACAGAAGCUUAUAACUUGAAUGAAAGGAAAGACUUUGAGAUUCUAAGUCAGUUCAUAAGUCAAUUUAGCAAUGUAAUUGAUAUCAUCAGCUCAAUUAAAAGAGAGACUUUAGAGGAAGCAUUUCAAACAAUGGAAAAUGCAGUUGUCAAAUUGCAGAAAUCUCUGUUGGAGGUUAAUGUUAGCAGGGAGUUUUUGGAUUCCUGGUUUGAUGUUUUUUCCCCAAUGAGUUCUAAAAUGGAAUAUAGAGAUACACAUGUAGAUUUUAUUAGGCAUUCACUUUCAGAUAUUCUAACACUUUCUGGGAAAGAAUUUGGUACUGUUUUCACUAACCUGAGAGAGACUGCUGGAUUCCUUAAAAAUAUAUCCCAGGAUCAAUGCCUGUUGUCUUGUGUGAUUAUUUCCCAGAAUGUUACCAACUUAGUAUUGGAAGCUAUUUUGAAAGAUAAAAAUGUUUCACAGAUAAGUGUUCUGUCUCAUCUUAAUCCUUUAUUAACCUCACAUAAUAUAGUGAAUGCAGUAGAGGGUUGUAAAAGAUGGAUGCAUAUUAUCAGUAGCCUCAGAGAGAAAAACAUCACCUGUUCUCACUCUGAGAAAGCAAAACAUGUUUUAUUUCUGUUGACAUCUCUGGGAAGCCUUAAUGAGACUAACACUAACUUAAAAAAUAUUCUGGAUAUUGUUAAUAUGAUUUUUAACUUCACACAAUCUCCAUGCUUGUUAAAUGGUCCUGAUGCACAUUGUGCAGAUGUUUAUUUCAACAUUCUAGCAAAAAUGUUAAAUUUUCUUCCUACAUUUUCUGAAAAAAAUAACACACAGAUCCAUGACUUUAUUUUUACUCUAUUGAAUAUGUUAAGGGGCCAAGCUCAAUCAACUGUGUUCUCACAAUAUGUAUCGGAUUCAGAACAAAUGAAUUUUACUAAAAUAAUCACAGAAGUCAUCAGGAAUUCUAGGCAAAUCCUUAAUUUGUCCCAUAGUCUCCAGCCUUCUUCAGUAGCACUUUUGAAAGGAAUUCAACUUUUUCUGGAGAAUAUAACUUUUGAAAUGCUACAAAACAGCUCAUCUCCUUUGGACAUUGUAAACCUCCUAAAUGCAUUUGAAACGCUUCUACAAGACAAAAAUAUGAGCUUCCUUUCACCUUCCUUUCACCAUCUAAUUAGUUACUUUAUGUCAAACUUGUCUCAUAGUAUGCUAAGCUUGCAAAACGUAACUCUGCAUACAUGGAUGAAAACAGCAGAUCUCAAUGUGGAAUUAGUAAGAAAGGCACUAAACAUCUUAAAGUCUUACAACUUUACCAAUUUGGCAACUUUAGUUGAAAAAAUUGAGAAUGAAGAUCUAGACUUGCUAAUAGAACAACUCAAACAAGUCAGUAAAAGCUUGCAUCAUUUCUUUAAAAAUAUCAAAGCUUUGUACACUGAAAAUUCUGUUCUGGGCAAGUUGACAGGCUGGUUAGAUUCCUUUAAGAACAAUAUAACUUCUUGGAACUUGACCAACUUAUGGCAAAUCACUCAACUGUUUCAUGGGACUGAGAUUGAUGAUGUAUUACAGGUGCUUUACCUUCUUCCUGAUGGUGUCCGUCUUAUACAGCGAUUGGUUCACAAAAACAUCAGUGAUGCCCUAAUUGAAGUGUACACUUUCACUUCAAUUCAGGAAGCAAACACAUCAAUAGUUACCGAGGAACAUUUAUCCAAUAAAAUAGAUAGUCUUCUAGAGUUGCUGGAGGUAGUAACUGAUAUGCCUGUGGAAUCUGCAAGGGCUUUGAGUUGCCUUCCUGCCAUUAUCUGCAGGAACCUCACAACAACAAUACUUCAAAAUGACACCGCUUUAAAGUCUUGUAACUUCAAUGCACACACAAAUUUUUCAUCUGUGUACAACACAAUUGCUGAUGUACUUGAGCAGUUCAGGCUGACAGUUCCAGGGGAACAUACCCUGUGUUCUAAUGAAGAUGAUCUGAGGGAGGUCAAUUAUAGAGUGACUUGUUACUUCCAGCGUCUCAAAGAGUGGAAUUCCAUUCUUCUGAAGCUUUCUGAGAUCCACAACAUAAAUAGUUUGGCUCUGAAAGAGCUACUAGGGUUUUGGAAUAAGUUAUCAGUACAAGUUAUGGCUUUUGGAAAUCAUAGCACUAUCUCAGUAAACUGCUCCUCCACACCAAAGAGACAGACUGCUUUACGGCUCAUAGAAGCACUAAACAACAUGACAUCAACAGAGAUGGCAAAGGCCAAAGCUAUUUUUGAACAGCUAACAGAUCUGUACGGUACCUUAAACAUGGAUAGAAGCACAGGAAUGUCUGUUAUAAGGACUGUUCUUACUCAUUUAAAAAGCAUGGCCAAUGAAAUUUCUGGAUUGCUGGAUAAUGAAGAUGCCCUAUCUUCUUUUCUUUCUGCAGCCCAGCCUUUGCUGACACUGUCUCCAGUUGGAAACCAAACUCAAAUGGUAUUCACGGCACUAUCAGCUUUGAACGGAAACAAUAGUUUGAUUGGUAACUUUGAGGCAUUUUGGCUUGAUACAGAGAGAGACCUACAAGAUUUAUUAGUCAAUUUCAGUGUUCAGCAUUUACUUUCUGUAAUAGACAAAGAAGUUCAAUUAUUAAGUGCAGCAGCCAGCAAAAAUUCUUCAUUGGCACUUGUUAGUUUAUUAAAACAAUUUAAUUCAUCAUCUCCAGAAAUCCUGCUAAGAAACUUUGAGAGCUUCCAAGAAAUUGUGAGAGGCUGGCUACCUGAGUACACUAAUAAAAAUUUUUCUAGAAUAAUGAAUGCUCUAUUUGUCCUUAUAGACAAUGAAAAGUCAUCUGAUGACAUAGUAUUGUUUAUCAAAGAUAUCAUUGAAUUUUUAGAACUCUUCAAGAAUGGCUCUAUAGAAGGUCACAUUGAUACUUCCUUUCUUACUGAUCUUCUUCGUGGGGAAAAGCUGAAUAAUGUUCAGAUUGCUUAUGUGAUUUUACAGAAGAGUCUUCUUAACCUGAUCUCUGACCUCAGCGCUAAGCAAGAGACACUGCACUUAAAUGAUACAGACCUUCAAAUAAUGGACUUAAUUGAUUUGUUUUUUGAUGAUGCACAGUAUGAAAAUUAUGGAAAGGCAAUCACCCCAUUCCAAAACAGGACAGUGGAGAUGAUAAAAGAGUUUUUAGAGAUAAUUUUUCCAGCUUCUAGAGGACAUGAUAAAAACAAAAUAUUUGUCUUAUUAAAAAACUUACACAAGGAUAUAAUUGCAGAAAUGAGGUUGUUCCCCAAAGAUGGUAUUGGAAUGCUGCUAAACUUUGAUCAGUCUGUUAAUCUAGAGGAAGAAGUUGAUGGGUUGAAAGAAGAUAUGUAUCAGCUAAUCAAAGAUGCAGCCCUCUCUGAAGAUGGGACACCUCAUUUUGAUACUGCAAAAGGACUGAAAUUUAUGAGGGAUUUGAUUAACAUUCUGGUUAAAGAUUUUUCUGGAAAAAAUGACAGCAGAAGUCAUUAUGAACUGUUUACUUUUGUGCAUCAUAUGUUAUUUAAUGCAAGUCAUUCUGGGGACCUUGUCCAGAUGACCAGAGAUUUUCCUACAAUGUUUCAACUCAUGAGGCAGACUUCUACAGAAAUGGGAAGGCUCCUGGAUAUUUUUAACAACCAUUUCAAGGGUUUCCUAGUUGCCUAUCCCACUCUCCCGGAAAUGGUACUUUCUAAUUUAACAGAACUGUUGGCUACAAUGGAUAAUGUGUUUCCUUUGGAAAAUAGGCAGCUAAAAGAAAUCACAGAAACAUUACUUAAUAUCAGCUUGUGGAGCAGUGGAUCAAACUACACUAGCAGCCCUUUUCCAGAUAUUGCUCUUGAUUUGCCGGCAUUGUGGAAAAGUGAUAAAUUUGUAAAGCUAGCAAAAAUAAUAGAAGCCUUUGUUAACUUUUUGACAUUGUCCAAGGAAGUUUCAGAAAAAGUAGCUAAUAUUUUGGAAUCAUCAGUCAACUCAGAUGCUAUGGAAAACUUAGACUACAUUGAGAUGGACUAUUCAGAUCUUCAAAGAGCUGUUUAUGAUACACUAGCAAAGUUAACAGCAAAUGAGACUGCAGAGGUUCUGCAUUCAAGCAAACAUCAAGUGGCAGAUUUGGUGAAAGUAUUUCUUGAUUUGACCUACUUGUCUAUUCGGGCUAAGCAUUCCAAUUCAUAUGGUUCUGAAGCUGCAAACAUAUCAACCAGAUUGGUCACAAAUCUGAGCAAACUCAAUGGUUUAAAAGAUAUUGCAGGAGAAAUCACUAAGUGUUUAGGAAAUAUGCAUAAUUAUUCUACAGAACUGGAAAGAUUUGCUGCAAUUGUUGCCAAUGCAAGCAUAAACUCAUCUGAUAAUGCUCUUAGUCUAAGAGAAGAUUUUCUUGAUUUCUUUCUCCCCAUUAAUGAUAUUAUUAGUAAAAUACAUUCAACUUCUAGACUAAACUUCACUCAUGACCUAAUAAAUGAAAAAAAAUGGGAGGGAAUUCAGGAAAAAAUUGCUUAUUUGUGCAAAAGAAACAUUACAGGUAUAAAAGCUUAUAUUAGAGGUGUAGCUCUUCUCUUUCCCAGAGUUUUCUGUAAAGAUCACUUGAAUGAAAAUGACUCUUAUCUGCUGCUGCCUUUUGUACGCAACCAAGACAACUUUCUUAAAAUUUUAGAAGUCACUAUGGAAUCAUUCAACAUAACAAAGAAUGUAUCCAGAGUAAUCUUCAACCUGUGGCCUCUUUUUGCCAGCCUUAUCAACCAAAAUACAACCCGUCAGCAGAAGGAACAGUUAUUGAGUUGGGAAACAGUUAUUGAGCAUGCAUUAAAUAGAACUAAUCCUUGGAUAGAGUUGCUGCAUUUAAGUACCAAUCAGCAAGUUAAUUCCACAAGAGCCUUACUCCAAGCAGUUAUGAGGCUCUUUUCUGAGCGCACUACUGGUAUAGCUGAUGUGGCCUCUCUGGAAAACCGUUUGUUAAGGAUGAUGCACGACUUAAACUUGAUUUUCAAACCUUUGUCAACAUAUGAGAAGUAUGUGAGGCAGCUGGUUAACUUGACUGAAUAUUUGCGACAAGAUGCACUGAAAGAACAAAGAGUCUUUGCGAUGUGCCAGGUUUUCCAGAAGCAUUUAAGCCCUGCUUAUAUCCUACUGCUACAAAAGAUGCAGAUCAUGGCUUUGAAUGUAUUUACAGCCCUUUCAGACAAUCCUACCAUCAUCAGCAACCUUCUCUGCACUUUUACGAGCUGUAAGAGAGGCCUAACAAGACAUUUCCUCCUUUCUGCCAUUGAAGGAAUCAAUUUGGUUUAUGACCAGUAUCAGGAUCCGGAAACAAUAUGGUUAACAUCCAGCGAAGGGGACUGUGGGAACCUUUUGUAUCUAAACAGGAAGCUUUCCAAUGCAUUGGAGAGCUUCCAGGGAGCACUACAAAAUACCACCUGCAGCAGCUGUGAACAUCAACUCACAUUUGAGAACAUCCAGAAACACAUGCAAAUGUUGGCUGGAAAUCUAAGGGCACCUCUGUCUGCAAAUCCAGUGGUAGCUUUUCUCAGUAACAUCAGUAUGCCAAAUGAUGUGAAAAUCAAAGACUGCAUGCAAAAUGCCACUGAACUGGCAUGGAAACUUCGUUCUUCAGUCAACAUUUCUCAAGAGACUGUGGACACCCUCUUGGAAGCCAAUAUCUCUCACUCCAAGUUUCUCCCCAGUGCCCUUGCAGUAGCUUUAGCUGGAAGAUGUGACAAGGAAACACUUGGUCUCUUGCUGACGCUUCCUGAAAAUGAUAAAACGUCUCUGGCAGUGAAGGAACUUUGUUCUCUCCCAGCACUGGACAUGUAUACCAUGAUUAUACUGAUGACACAGAAUUUGAACUUGCGUGAUACUGUUUACAAGAUCAUGUUACCUUCGGAGGUCAACAAGUUACUAAAUGUCUUGCUGGAAGUGGUCUCAAGCAUCAGCUCCCUUUUAAAUAAAGUCCAACAUCUCCUUGAUAAUCUUCCUAUGUUCCUCCAAGCCUUCAAAAGCAAGGAUCUGCCCGACAUCUCAGCAUUUCAACAGUUCUUACAGGGUGGCAAAUCCAGAAGUUCUAUUGUUGGAUCCCUUCAGUCUUUAAUCUCGUCAGUCUGUAAAGAAGAAUCCUCUUUCUUCAGCAACACCAACAUGUUCAUUGACAUGCCGAGGACCACUGAGCUCUUGGAUGGUGAUAUGGCAAAAUACAGCAUUCCCAAAAACUCAACUCCAUUUUGCUUGCAGCUUUAUCAGGAAAUUUUACAGUCACCUAAUGGAGCUUUAGUGUGGACCUUCCUGAAGCCCCUGUUACAUGGGAAGAUACUGUACACUCCCAACAGCACAAUGUUUAACAUGGUGAUAGAAAAGGCUAAUCACACAUUUAGUUUUGUGGAGCAGCUGAAGAUUUAUUCUGAGGCAUGGCUGAGGAUGUCUGAGGUAUUUAAGAAGAGUGAAAACUUCUCCAAGAUGAAUCAGCUCCAGGAAGCUCUUCAAAACAAUUUUAUAAAGAACUUCAUAGAAAGACACUUGAAUAUUGAUGUGGGGAAGCUCGUUGAAAAGCUGCAAGAGUAUGAGCCUUUGAUGGGGGAAAUGAUGAACAAUUCAGCCACAGAGCAAAUCAACCUGUUGGCACAGCUCAUGGUAAAUAUCUCCUCCUGUGUUUUAUUGGAUCGCUUUGAGCAUCUUGAGUCGGCGGAGAAAUUGGAGACAAAGGCACAAGAGCUCAUGCAACAAAACAAUUUAUUGGCUAGUAUUAUAUUCAACACCUCAAGUAAUGGGAGACAUCGGCGCGAUUUUGCUAACUAUCUCCCACCGCACAUUUCAUAUACAAUUAGAACUAAUGUUCUUUACAGCAUGAGAACAGAUCUAGUAAAAAACCCAAUGUGGAAAUCCCAUCCCCAGCACCUGCCAGGUGAUGUGUUCAAAUACAAUCACAUCUUCAUUCCACUUCAAGAUAUGAUUGAAAGAGCCAUUGUUGCAGUGCACACUGGAGCAGAUGCUUCCAAGCCAGAAAUACAAGUUCAAGCUAUGCCAUAUCCAUGCCAUACCAGUGACCUAUUCUUGAACAAUAUUGGUUUCUUUUUUCCAUUCAUAAUGAUGUUAACAUGGAUGGUAUCUGUUGCUGGGAUGGUUCGAAAACUGGUUUAUGAGAGGGAAAUUCGUCUUGAAGAGUAUAUGAAGACAAUGGGUGUGAAUCCUGUCAUUCACUUCUUAGCUUGGUUUCUGGAGAAUGUCAUUAUGCUCACACUAAGCAGUUGCGCUCUGGUCAUCAUUUUAAAAGUGAGCGGCAUCUUUGCAUUCAGCGAUGGCUUUCUAGUCUUCCUCUUUCUACUCGACUUUGGAAUUGCAGUGGUUAUGCUAUGCUACCUGUUCAGUGCAUUUUUUAGCAGUGCCGAUACAGCAGCGCUCUGUGCCAGCCUCAUAUAUAUGAUCAGCUUUUUACCAUACAUAGUUUUGUUGGUUCUGCAGAACCAACUCAGCUUUGCCCACCAGACCAUUGCAUGCUUUCUCUCUACAACUGCCUUUGGGCAAGGAUUAUUUUUCAUUACAUUCUUUGAAAGCCAAGGAAUAGGAAUUCAGUGGAGUAACAGCUAUGAGCCACUGGCAGAAGGAGAAUCCAUGACCUUUGGAUGGGCUUGCUGGAUGAUUUUCUUUGACUCACUAAUCUAUUUAUUACUUGGCUGGUAUUUCAGCAAUGUAAUUCCUGGAAGAUUCGGGUUCAGAAAGCCAUGGUACUUCCCCUUUACUGUCUCUUACUGGAAGAAGCUGUGUGGUACAGAGAAGAAAAGGAAACAUUAUCUAAAUCCCAAUAUGGUUUUCUUCAAUGAAAAUUUCCUUGACAAAGGUUCUCUGCCCCAAGAUGAGAAAAGUGUGAGGGAAGGAGGAACCGCCGUAGGAGUUAUGCUGAUGUCUCUCACCAAAGAAUACACAGAUAACAAAAAGAUGGCAGUUAAAGAUCUCACUCUUACUUUCUACCAGGAUCAAAUAACAGCGCUCUUGGGUGCCAAUGGAGCUGGCAAGACUACGAUUAUAUCCAUGUUAACAGGCCUGUAUCCACCCAGCUCUGGGACCAUCAUCAUCAAUGGAAGGGAUAUACAUACUGAUCUGACUGCUAUCAGAAUGGAGAUGGGUGUUUGUCCACAGUAUGAUGUGCUGUUUGACACCUUAACUGUGCGAGAGCAUCUGCUGUUCUAUGGCUCAGUGAAAGCACCUCUGUGGGCAAAGAAAAAGUUACAUCAGCAAGUCAGUAGAGCCCUGAAUGAUGUGGAUUUAUUCCACCAUCAGCAUGAACAUGUUGGAGCUCUCUCUGGGGGGAUGAAAAGAAGGCUCUCAAUUGCUAUCUCCUUUAUUGGAAACUCCAAGACUGUUGUUCUAGAUGAGCCCACCAGUGGCGUGGAUCCAUGUUCCCGUCGGAAAAUCUGGGACAUUCUGUUGAAGUACAGAGCUGGUCGCACCUUGAUCUUCACUACACACCAUCUUGAUGAGGCAGAAGUGCUCAGUGAUCAUAUUGCCAUCUUGCAGCAUGGGCAGCUGAGAUGUUAUGGUUCUCCCUCUUACCUGAAGGAAACAUAUGGCCAGGGAUACAGUCUAACACUCACAAAAAAGCCUUCUGUGUUUGAAAUCGAGGAGCCUAAGUAUACUGUUCAAGUGACCUCUCUAGUACAGUCCUAUGUCCCAGAAGCAUUCCUAAAAGAGAACAGUGGAAGUGAGCUGACCUAUGUAAUUCCAGCAAAAGCAGAUAAGAUCUCCUUUAAAGGCCUCUUUCAGGCUUUGGAUGAAAACCUUGAACAUCUACAUGUGACUGGCUAUGGCAUUUCAGACACCACUUUGGAAGAGGUAUUUUUGAAGUUGCUACAAGACACAGAGAAGAUGCCACAAGUUCCCCUGGCAGUGCUCCCCCACAUUAAUAGCUCAGAAUCAACCUACCAAAACUGUAACGCACUCAUGGAUGCCCAGAGCGUACGUGGAACAAGGCUUGUUCUCACACAGAUUGCUGCCCUUUUAAUGAAGCGGUUUUACCACACCAGGCGAGACUGGAGAGGAACUCUGUCAAAUGUUCUGCUGCCUGUCCUCUUUGUUGCUAUGGCAAUGGCCUUGUUUACUGUGAAGCCAUUAGCUAUUGAUUAUCCUUCACUGAAGUUGAUGCCAAGCCUUUAUGACAAUGCAGAAUCCUUCUUUAGCACUGAAAGUGAUGAUUUAGGAAACCUUUCUUAUGUGCUGCUGAGAGAUUUUGCAGACCAGGAUCAUCCAUGCACCUAUUCAACACAAGAUGUAAACCACAGUUCAUGUUGGCAGACCGAGCAUAGUUCACUACAGAAAUUCUUGGAUGCAUGCAGGUGUAUGACAGAACAUCAGAAGUGCCCAAGCUUCAAUGUGUCUGUUGUGUAUGUGAAGAACCAAGAAGGGCACAUCCUUUACAACCUCUCCGGUUUCAAUGUGGAGGAAUACUUAAUCAUGCCUACAGACAAAGAAAGAUAUGGAGGCUGGUCUUUUGGAGUGAAGACAUCCCCUGAAAUUCAAGACUUAAAACUGAAUAAAACAUACUCUAAGCCUCUGACUAAGGUGUGGUACAACCAGAAAGGGUUCCAUUCACUGCCAUCUUAUUUAAAUAAUCUGAACAACCUAAUCCUGUGGCUGAAUUUGCCUCCGUCUGUGGAUUGGAGACAAUAUGGAAUCUCACUCUAUAGCCACCCGUAUAGAGGAGGCUUGCUAGAUGAGGACAAAAUAAUGGAGAAUGUUCGCCAGUGUGGAGUUGCACUGUGUAUCAUGUUGGGGCUCUCUAUUCUUACGGCAUCCAUUGGUAGCUCAGUAGUGAAAGACAGGGUAUCCGGUACAAAGCGGCUGCAGCAUAUCUCUGGACUUGGCUACAAGACCUACUGGCUUGCUAACUUCCUAUAUGAUAUGCUAUUUUACCUGAUUCCAGUCGGCUUGUGUAUCAGUGUUAUUACUGCCUUCCAGUUAUCAGCCUUCACUUUCCGAGAAAACUUGGCAGCCACAGCUCUCCUGCUGAUACUCUUUGGAUAUGCAACUUUACCAUGGAUGUAUCUUAUGUCCAGAUUCUUCUCAAGCUCAGACAUAGCUUUCAUUACGUAUAUCUCCUUAAACUUUGUGUUUGGCCUUUGUACCAUGCUGGUGACUCUCUUGCCUCGUUUGUUAGCUGUGAUCUCCAAAGCACAGAGUUUUCAGAAUAUCUACAACAUCCUCAAAUGGGCUUUCAUUGUUUUCCCACAAUUCUGCUUGGGUCAGGGUUUACUAGAGCUUUCCUACAAUCAGAUCAAGUUUGACCUGACAAGCAGCUUUGGAAUUGACUCUUAUGUGAGUCCUUUUGAGAUGAAUUUCCUGGGUUGGAUCUUUGUGGCAAUGGCCUUGCAGGGCACAGUUAUUCUCCUCCUGAGAUUUCUGCUACACUGGGAUCUGUUCCAGAAAACCAGGACUCAUUGUUCCAUCAGCAGCCCAGUCAGUCCUUCUGAGGAUGAGGAUGUAGAAGUGGAGCAAAAGAGGCUCUUUGGUGGAAAAACUCAAAAUGAUAUCCUCCUAUUGUACAAUCUCAGGAAAUGUUAUCGAGGUUUCAGCAAGAAAAAAACCGCUGUAAAAGACAUUAGCUUGGGGAUACCAAGGGGAGAGUGCUUCGGGCUCCUGGGAGUAAAUGGUGCUGGGAAAAGCACAACAUUUAAGAUGCUGACUGGAGACAUCACCCCAUCUGGGGGGCGUGCUGUUAUCAAAACUCCUACAGGGUCAGAAAUUGAUAUAUUGUCUGCGAGCUCCGAAGGGAUUCUGAUUGGCUACUGCCCACAGCAAGAUGCCCUGGAUGAACUUCUAACUGGAUGGGAGCAUCUUUAUUAUUACUGCACUUUGCGUGGCGUUCCAAAACAAUGUAUCCCUAAGGUAUCUGGGGACCUUGUUAGCCGAUUGCACCUUGAUGCUCACAUUUACAAACCAGUGAGGACAUAUAGCGGUGGCACAAAAAGGAAGCUUUCUACAGCUUUGGCUUUAAUUGGCAAACCCCAAAUUCUUUUAUUGGAUGAGCCCAGCACUGGAAUGGAUCCCUGUUCCAAGCGGUACCUCUGGAAAGCCAUCUUGAAGGAGGUCCAGGAUGGCAGUGCUGCUGUGCUGACAUCCCACAGCAUGGAAGAGUGUGAAGCCCUCUGCACUCGGCUGGCUAUUAUGGUCAAUGGUAGUUUCAGGUGUCUUGGUUCUCCCCAGCAUAUUAAAAACAGAUUUGGAGAUGGCUAUUCAGUCAAGGUUUGGCUUAGCAAAGAAACAAGUUACCACAGUGCUAUUUUGGACUGUCUGAAGCUACAUUUUCCAGGAACACAGUUUAAGGGCCAGCACCUUAAUCUGCAGGAGUAUCGUGUGCCAUACAGCUGGGGCUGCUUACCGGAGCUCUUCAAAGUUUUAGAGACACAUAAAGUUCUACUACAAAUCAAACAUUAUUCCAUUAGCCAAACCACUUUAGAGCAGGUAUUUAUUAAUUUUGCUACUCAGCAGGAGGAAACAUCUUAUUCUGCACAAGAAUCUUCCACCAAUCAUCAUCACCAUCUGCCAGCCUAGAUUCACUACAAAUCACAGUCCAGCAAUAAUUUUCAGUUAAUAAAACUUUUCAGUGGUUUCGCCAUACUGAGAGGGAGCCGGAAGACUGCAAUUUAUAGACCAAAAAAACAGAACUACCAACUCUUAAUUGAAAGAAUGGCUAUUAAAUACACUCACAAAAAGACAAAGAAGUACUUUCCUCUAAUGAACCGGAAUUUUAUAAUGAUAAAAUAUUUGGCCUCCUUAUUGCAAAUCUGUAACAUGCUAAAAUGGCUGAUAUGAAAUGUCACUCUAUAAUAAUUUUAAGGUGGGUAGUAGCUCUCUAUUCAUAUAGUCACAUUAAAUAUCCAUAAUCAUUACAUGACAAGGGAAGCAAAUUCAAUGGAUAUUAAGAACAGCCAUGCUAUCAUACAAUAUUUGUAUUUAAUAAUUCAAAUGAGCACACUUUGACUUCUGCAUUAACUCAGUUCUGUGUUGUGACAAGCUAAAUUAGUCUUUUUUAUUGUAUAAAGGAAGCACUAUAUUCCAUAAGGGCUUUUUGUCAAGGGGGUAUUAGUGCAAUUAUAUUAGGAAAAUUUAACAAGGUUUCAUAAAACAUACUUGACAAUGAGUUCUCCCUAGGUUAUUUCUUUAGGCAUUUAACAGCAUUGUUAAUAAUGAUGUACUUUGUUAGCUUUUUAAUUUUUUUAAUGUUCCAAGAAAAGGUUAAAAACGAUUUGUAGCCAAGGAUAUACUGGAAAUAAAUGAGAUAGGUGCAUGGGCAUUGAUCAAUAAUCUUUUCAGUCUAUUUAUUCUGAUUUCAGGUUUUUCAGACAGGGCUCUGCCACAGCUUUCAAUAGUGUCACUGCCUAUAAAUGUGGGACCAAAAUUAAUAUUUAAUGAAGAAAAUCUCAGCCUUUUUCAUCCAUCCUCAUAUGUUUAUGAUUAUUCUGUGUCUAGAGAAAGAUUAGAACUUCUGGGAGAGGGGAGGGAGCAAUGAGAGAAGCUCUUAGCUUUUAUUAAAAACAAAACAAAAACAAGCUGUCUGGGAACCCUGUGCCACAGUAGUUGAUAUCGCUUUCAUUUGGGCUCCAUUACCUGAUAGCUGAAAUCUUGGCACACUGUGAUUUAGUAGUAAAGGUAUUUCUGUGGUAUAAUUUCUGUGAAAAUCAAAUUGUGCACUUUGAGAUAAAAGGAUCUAAUCAAAGACUAUCUGUGUUUCUGUGUCACAGCUUUAAUGCCAUGCUGCAGCAGGAAGUAAUUUUAAAGUGUUAUGCUUGUGCCUUAGGCUUUUCAAGCUAACCCAGGAGGGUUUUUGAUUCUCGUGUUGACUAGGUGUACUUUUGGACCAUGAUGUUUUUUAAAGAAUUUAGAACUCAGGAUUCCCACUUAAAACAAACAAAAACAAAACCUUAUUCUUACUCUUUUCAAAUGUUAAAUCCUCAAAACUUAAUUAAAUGUCACAUUUCUGAGUAAAUUGUAGCAUAUUUUAUUAAUGUAGUGGGUGAAUAAAGUAAAUAAGAUUUAUUU